UUUGCAUUGCUCCACAGGGGGUGCAGUUAGUGAAGACUAUUGUCAUUCAGCCACAUUCUGCCCCAAUUCAGGAACUGCAUCUACUUAUUUAACAUAACCACAUCCCUUCAGUCACAACUACUUGUAGUAUUCAACUUCAGGAGCCUAAAAUUGAAGUUUCAUUAGGCAAUUGCUCCCUCUACUGUUCAGAAGGCCACCCUCCAACCAGUCCCGUGGAACAGUAUUAACCAAUCACAUGCACAGUAUGUAGAGAGAGGUUUGGAACGCAGCUGGAACACACAGGUCUGCAAUUUACAACAAUCAUUCCUUCAGCGGAAAGUCUUUACAUCAAGAUGGUAACGUCUGUACUGAGUAGAGGGACUGUAAGCAGGGUCAGCUCUGUCCUUAACCGAGAUGUCAAGCAGUUUGGCAAACAGUUUCUGUUUGAUGGCAGGGAGGAGACCUGCUGGAACUCAGAUCAGGGGUCAUAUCAGUGGGUUCUUAUGGAAUUUCCACAGAAUGUAUUAGUCUCUCAGAUUCACCUUCAGUUCCAAGGAGGCUUUUCCUGCCAAACCUGUACUCUAGAAGGGUGCCAAAAAGACGGGGAAUUGGUGAAGAUAGCAGACUUCUACCCUGAAGACACAAACGCUCUUCAAAAAUUUGCUUUUUCUGAGCAGUCCGUCAGCAAGCUCAGGAUCUCAUUUCUAAACAGUACAGAUUUCUUUGGGAGGAUAACAGUUUAUCACUUGGAUGUUCUCGGAUAGAAAUAUAAGAACAUUUCUCCAGCAGCUGAAUUGUGCAUUGAAUAAGGACUGCAGAGAUUAUGUCCCAGAGAGCAAGUUUCACACAUCUAAUGCUGCCUCAAAUCUAGGCUGGACUAAAGCUGAUUGUCCAAUAACUGGGCCGAUGUGAUGUGAAGUUUUCUUACAGGCGAUUGAGUAAUACAGAAAUAAAUGAAACUGUUCAGAAAAUAAUAGUGACAUGCAAAAAAUGGACUCCUUUGCCAACACUUUGUACUAAGUUUGAAGAUUGGUAAAAAAUAACAUAAAUGCUGGCACUCGGACAUACUGUACCUCCAGACCUGAUUGCAUAUACACAAAUAAAUCAUGAUCUCUUGGGCAAGGAAUGUCUGUUGUAUCCUGCUUCUUUAAUAUUACAAUGAAAUCAAAUCUUCACUUCUGCAUUAUGCUGUUUGAUUUAUUCACAUGGACUACUACUGCAGCAAUUGUGUACUGAUAAAGAUGGAAUGCCUUUUACUGCCAUGGAAAUUGCGCAAGCAAUUUAGUAAUCUUCAUCACAUGGGUGUGUAGUAUGGUAAGUUACGAAGAUGGUAGGCAAAAUUGUGUCAUGGUCAAUUUGGUAGGCAAUAUGGCCAAUAAUAGAUGAGAUUAAUCUUGCGUCCACGACCUGAGGGUGCUAACUGAUGAUGGCUCUAUACAUCUGACACACUUUUGAUAAAACCCUGUGAGGUGUGACAUCACGCAGGUGGACAUUGAGAGGGGUGGUGCCUGCUGGUAUGUAAGGAGAUUUCACUUGUAAUUAUUUGUGUGCAUAUUACCACUGGCCCCUGAAACAUUUGGUUAUUUCUGCACUCCACAGAUAAAACACCUGGAAGUAUUCCUUGAUACACCAUCUUUGUGUAGGUGGGUGUCCUUCUAUUAUAAUUGUGGUUAGCAUCGAGCACAAUAAGAGCCUUGUGACCCCUGUUGGACUGCACUGAUCAAUAAAGACAUUGUAACAAUCAGUAACUGUCCUUCUUUAAGUUGCUGCUACAAGGAUGACAGCUUCUCUGCAAUGUUUUUAAAAACUUGCGGGUUCCUGGCCACUCCUACUCGGCAACAGCAUUUCAAUACGUACAAUAUACUCACAGCCAUGGAUCAACCGCAGUUAUAGUUAAAACAUUCCAUCUUUAUUUCCAUCCAUUAAAAGACCAUUAUAUUAUGGCAAAGGGUGCAGUUUAGAUAGUCAAGCUGCUGACGUGUUUCGUGACCUUAAAGGGUCACUUCCUCAGAGCAUAGACUAUGCUCUGUAGAAGUGACCCUUUGAGGUUACAAAAUGCACAAAUUCAUUUCAGUGGUAGUGUUUGGUAAUUAAAGGGGAAGAAAGUCUAAAAUAGAAUAGGGCUGUGAAUGCUGUAUUUUUUAUACUAAACAUGAACUUACUGCAACACAAGCCUAAUCAAACAAAUAAUUUAUGCUUUCAAAGUUGGCCACAGGGGGUCACCAUCUUGUAACUUUGUUAAACAUCUUUGCUAGACCAAGACUGUGCACAUGCUCAGUGUGGUCUGGGCUGCUUAGGGAUCAUCAUAAAUUAUCGAAAAGUCAAUAAUAAUCAGAGUAUGCAGACUGCACUGGGUCCUGUGUUGUCAUGUAAUCUAACGGGGAUUUUAAAGUUUUUGUAUUGUUUAAUACAAACUUUCUCCAACUCUGGAGAACCAGUGGCUGCAGCAAAAUAAUCCUCCAAAUAGAAUCCCAGUUCAUCUGUUUAAAUUUGGCUCCAUGAUCUUUGUCCCUGCAGUAGGAGUUGGAAACUGUAAAGGGGAUGUAAAGAGGGCACAGAUCUUCCUUGCUAAAGGUUUGUGGUUACCUUGGGCAGGUACAGAAGCCCAAAAUAUAAUGUUCAACAUUUCUGCCUUACUACUACAUAUAUUCCCAGAGGAUACCAUUUGCAUAUAUAUAAUUUGCAUAUUUAGAAACUUAAAACUAAUUCCAACUUUCCUUUCUCUUCCAUUGUCAAUCAAUUUUACAGUAUUUGUUAUGGAUAUAGAUGUGGAUAUCAGAGAUACACUAAAAUGCUUAUUGUGAUCUUUUAUAAAAUUUAAACAGAGAUUACAAAAAAAUACAACAAUAAAUUCCUCAACAAACGUAUGAACAAUUAUAGCAUGCCUUGCUAACAGUGAUUUUAAUGGUGUAAGUCAGCGUUUUGGUCUUACACAGAGGACCUUUAUCACACAGAGGUCAUCUGCGUAAGACCAGAAUGUCAACUUACACCAUUACAUUUUUGGAUACAAAUUAAGUCCCAAGAGUUCUCUAUGUCCUUUAUGCUUAUUUUACAUUUUGCAAUAGCACCUGGGCUUUUUUCUUGGGGGUAGCACUACCAUUGACUCUCUCUUUCGCUCUCUCUCUAUCUCCCUCUCUUUCUCUCACCAACUAAUAUUACACUAUAUAAUUACUAAGAGUAUCUUGACUAUCAAAGAGACAAUGAAAAGUUAAAUACUUUUUCUCAUUUUUUCUUUACUGUUUUUCUAUUCCUGCACAAUACCCAUAUUAAUUGCAUUUAAAAUAUGCAUUUGUUGGCACUGAUGAUUAUUCAAAAUGUACUUGGGGUUAGAUGGUUCCAUGAUUACAUACAUAAAUACCAUACUAUUGCCUCUUUAAGAAUUCUAUCCAUUUCCCAUAACAACCCACCUGGGAUUAUAUGGGUGAAUGUAGCAUCAUGACCUGUUUUAUUUGUCUGCUAAUAUUAAGAUAACAUGCAAAAAAAAUGUCCCUUUUUCAACAUUAGCUGAAUGAAUAGGGUUUGUGCUAUUAUAAGCGGUAGCUUACCUCUUUUUUAGUUGAUUACU